AUGAGCCCCCACACUGUUUGGCCGCGGACCGUCAAGUCUUCUCUCCUCAAGCAGAGCGCCGACUUUUCUUCUAGCAGUCGGAGUUAUGACCGUUUAGGCCGACGAGCAAAGGAGAAGCUGCUCGACCGGGAAUUCUUUCUGAGCUUGUUGAGCUCCGCAUCCACCAAGCGAGAAGCCAAAUCCUAUUUGGCUCGGUUAAAGGCUCAACACCCGAAGUCACACGAGAAGAACAAGCCCGAAUUGGUGGAACCAGCGACAACACCUACCUUACCAUCUGGUGUCAACCUGGGUUCUUUCUACGGAGCCUCCAGAUCCGUCUACGAAAGUCCCGUCUUCCGACAGGGCCCCAGUCCUACCCCUCCACCUCCAGAGCCGCUCGAACGACUCCAUUUGGCCUUGGUCAGAUUGUCCACCCCGCAAUCGCUUGAUGACAGCAUUAUCGAUGGCGUCGCAAAGACUCUGUCUCAGCUGAAUCGGCUGGGCUUGACCUGCUGUGUUGUGGUUGAUCCGGGGACGGCGGAAGCUGCAAAUACGUUGCGGCAAGUUGCCAUUGAGCAAGCUGAUCGCUUGGCCAUUGCAAUCCAAAAGCAGCCCGACUCAAAGUCUCUUCGGCUCGACUCGGUCUUCUCCAUUGACCCUUCCGGCUGCGGUCUCCCGCAGGUUCUCUCUCGAAAGGCGCUGCUGAAUCCGCUACGCGAUGGCCACACCGUCAUUCUGACACCCAUUGCCUACACCGAAGAUGUUCCUCGGGCGGUCACAGUACCAGCGAACGACGCUGUGCUCGCGUUGACGAAAGAGCUCGCUGGUCUAGCAACCACGCCUGACCCUGAUGAGGAUCCCAUGGUCACUGCGGAAAGAAUCGGUCGUCUCCAGCAAGAGGUCUCCUUGGACCGAGUGAUCCUAUUAGAUUCGCUAGGCGGAAUUCCGGCGUUCAAUCGGCGACAGACAUCUCACGUCUUCAUAAACAUGGAGCAAGAAUACGAUGAUAUUGAGAACGAAUUGUUACAGGCGCGAGAGAUUGUGCCUGCGGCAGAAGCAAACCUGUUGAAGUCGGGCCCCUCUCCCAUCGCAGACAGCAACCCUGUCUCAAAGUUCGUCAACGCCGAGGUUGUGCCAGUGCCUUCUGGCCCGACACAGGAACUGGAGAUCGCGACCCCCCAAAGGAGUGCACUUGAAGGCCACCUGGAAAAUCUGCGUCUCGCCCAGAAAGCGCUUGCUAUGCUACCCUCGGCCUCAUCAGGAAUCAUCACAUCGCCAUUCGAGGUCGCGAACUCGGCCCAGACAUCGCCCACCUCUGACUUUUCAGCAGUGGGUACUCGACGGCAGAGAAACCCCCUGAUCCACAAUCUACUGACAGAUAAGCCCUUGCUAUCGUCGUCCCUGCCCAUGAGUCGGCGUGGACCAACGAACAACGGGCAAGGCAUCAUUUAUCCCGUUACCUCUCAUACUACGUUUGUCAAACGCGGUAUGCCGCUGACUAUGCUGCCGAAUCCGUGGGUGGAGCCGUGGACAGCUCAGAGUCGGCCGCGGCUGAGGCUGGACGAUCCUAGUAUCGACUUGCCUCGCUUGGUUCAUCUCAUUGAGGACUCCUUUGACCGGAAACUCGACGUACAGGACUACUUGAACCGUGUCAACGACCGCCUUGCCGGGUUGAUCAUCGCGGGUGAAUACGAGGGCGGCGCCAUUCUAACCUGGGAACUUCCUCCUGGCGUGAAGGACGAUGGCAGUGACGCCAGUAAUGCUCGAAUGGUCCCCUACUUGGACAAGUUUGCCGUGCUCAAGCGCAGUCAAGGGGCAGGCGGGGUGGCAGACAUUGUCUUCAACGCCAUGGUGCGCUCCUGCUUUCCCAACGGAGUAUGCUGGCGCAGCCGCAAGAACAAUCCGGUGAACAAAUGGUAUUUCGAACGGUCUCUGGGCACUUGGAAGCUAUCCGACACCAAUUGGACCAUGUUCUGGACCACCCCUGGCCUGGUGGAAGAUUCGCAGCGGUUUCGGGAUUACGAAGCUGUGUGCCGCAGCAUUCAGCCAAGCUGGGCCGACGACACCGGCGUGGUUGAUUGA